AUCACCUUCAAACUACAUCCGGUAGAAGUGAUUUAUUUAAAUUUCUAAUGACUUUUUAUUUUCACCAAUUUAUUUGAGAUAAUCACACUUUAUUAUAUCUAAGGUUUAAUAACAUAUCAUAUGCUUUGAACGCUAAAACUAUUUUAACGUUUGAAAUUAUGCUACUUUAUGAAAAGUUUUUAAACAUUUUGAGCGAUAAUAUAGCAUUUUAUAUUUUAGCGGCGAUAUGGUGAAAUUGUUCGUGGGAAAUAUUCCAGACGACUUAUAUAGUAAUGAACUGAGAGAACUUUUUGAGGAAUAUGGAACUGUUGAGGAGGCUACCAGGUUGUCAAAAUUUGCUUUUGUUCAUAUGCCCAACGAAGAAGAAGCUAAUCGAGCCUUAAAAGGAUUGGACAAGUACCAUUUACGAGGAUUUAAUAUAAAUGUUGAAAUAUCAACAAGCACUGCAGGUGAGAAAGGAGGUCCUAGAAAUCGAGGAGAUGGCACUCAUGGAAGGAGUCGAGGUGGCAACGGCGGUCCCAUAAGGGUUGGAAACGGUGGGGGUGGUGGAGGAGCUGGGGGAAACCGCGGAGGCUUUCAAUCCAGAUAUAACCCGUACAACUUACCACCUAGCAAUCAGCAUUAUCAACCACCAGGAUACCGCUCCGAAUAUGAGCGGUAUUUCGAAAAGCGACCUUUAAAUGACAUGGAAAGGCGCUUAUUAAAUGUUCUUCUUCGCCGUCAAGAUGACUUUGACGGUCCUCGCAUGACGCAGCAACAAAGUACUCUCUGGGAUCCGUACAACAGACCGCCACCUGAUGCUUAUAAAAGGGGAAAUGAAGGGCCCGGGGGAGUGAGUACAUUGACGUCAAUUACUGCUUCGACUGCUGCCAAUAAUACAACAUCGGGAAUAAAUACUUACAGAUCAGCUUAG